AACACCUCAACCUACAAACCAAAACAAACAAAGAAUUAAAAAAAAUGGCCAUUCCAUUCAAAAUUUCAGCUCCUCACACCACUCUCACAAUCACAACCACCACCACCAUAUUAUUACUAUGCUUAGUGUGCGCCGCCGAUCAAUCGACAAUUCACCGUCCGAUUCGCCCUUUCAGAAGCGUGUACGCAUUCGGCGACUCGUACACGGACACCGGCAACACCCGGUCCGACUCCGGCCCGAGCGGUUUCAUGUUCGUCUCCAACCUCCCGUACGGACGCACAUUCUUCCGUCGCCCCACCAACCGAUACUCCGACGGCCGCCUAGUCAUCGACUUCGUGGCCCAAACCCUGUCCCUGCGGUUCCUACCGCCGUACCUCGAUCCGAAGGCCGAUAAAUCCUCCGGCGUCAACUUCGCCGUGGCGGGGUCAACGGCUAUAGUCCACAGCUUCUUUUCGAAGAACAAUAUGAGUCUGAAUAUAACGCCGCAGUCGAUUCGAACGGAGCUCGAUUGGUUCGAUAAGUUGUUGCUGGAAGGGAAAGGGUGCCGGGAUUCGGUUACGACGCCGGAAGAGUGUGCGCGUGUGUUUAACGAUGCGUUGAUUUGGGCCGGUGAGAUUGGAGCUAAUGAUUAUGCAUACAGUUUUGGAUCCUCUGUUCCUACUAAAACCAUCCAAGAACUUGCCAUUAAUAGUGUCACUUCCUUUUUAGAGGCAUUGCUAAAAAAGGGUGCAAAGUAUGUAGUUGUUCAAGGCCUGCCUCCGACGGGGUGCCUAACAUUGUCGAUGUAUCUAGCUCCGUCAGACGACAGAGACAGCUUCGGCUGCGUAGGGAGCGUAAACAACCAAAGCUACGCCCACAACGUUGCCCUCAAAGCCAAACUCCGACUCUUCAGAAAACAAUUCCCCAAAUCAACCAUAGUCUACGCCGAUUAUUACAACGCGUAUUUGGACGUGAUAAGAAAUGCGGAAAAAUACGGUAUAAAGAAUCUUUACGGAGUGUGCUGUGGAUAUGGGAAUGGAACUUACAACUUCGAUUAUUUCCAUGCGUGCGGGUCCCCUUCUUCGACCUCGUGUGGCAACCCUAACGAGUAUGUUAACUGGGACGGGGUUCAUCUCACUGAAGCUAUGUAUAAGGCGGUGGCGGAUUUGUUCCUCAAUGGUACGACUUAUAUGCAACCGCCGUUUAGUUAUCUCUUGAGCAAGAAACUGAAAUCGGGAUAGAGAUCGAUGUAAGAGAAGUCGUUUAAUUUUUUAAUUUUUUUUUUUUUUUGGUGAGCUUUUGAUUGUGGCAGAGUAGAAGAUGGUGGAGUUGAGAUGUGUUGUAAUUGAGAGGAGAUUAAAUAAUGAUAAUAAAACUGAUUUAUAUGCAACGAACGAUAUUUAGCAUCGGUUUCUUUUCCGAAUCA